AUGGCUUUAGCACAAUCUUUAGCCUCAUUAUCACUUGCUACUUCAGCUGAGGAUGAAAAUGCAAUCCCAACAAAAACUUUAAUUUUUAAACCAAAAACUGCCAAAACUGCAACUCCAAUUCCAAUUUUAGUAUUUGCAUUACAAUCAACUAAUACAUCAAGUUCAAUAAUAGCCAAGUCUGCUAAUGUAAAAGAACCAAGAUUAGCUAAAAAUGAUCUUGUUGAAGAAUUUUUCAAAGUUUCAACAAAGGAUGUAUCAAUUGCCAAUUUAAAUAAAAAUUUAGCUGGAAAAAUAAAGAUCUUAUUAGAUGAAAAUGUUUUAAAAUCUGCCACUAAGGACGAAGUUUUGAAAUUAUCAACUGAAACAUCGUCUGUUUGUUUACCAGCCAAAACGGUUGUAGAAUUUUUAAAAUCAACAGAUAUCGAAACAAUAGAUACAAAUUUCGAUGCUGAACGAACUACUACCCCCACCCAACAACCAAAAACUUCAAAACCAACUACUUCAAAAGAUGACGCCAAAAUUGAAGAUGCAAAACUAAUUGGUAUAACUAUUGAUAAAGAAAAAGAUUUUUCAAAUUGGUAUACUCAAGUAGUUGUCAAAGGUGAAUUAUUAGAUUAUUAUGAUGUUUCAGGUUGUUAUAUAUUAAGACCAAAUUCAUAUUCAGUAUGGGAAACUAUACAAGAUUGGUUUAAUAUUAAAAUUAAAUCUUUGGGAGUACAAAAUGCUUAUUUCCCAAUGUUUGUAUCUCAAAAAGUAUUAGAAAAAGAAAAAGAUCAUAUUGAAGGAUUUGCUCCUGAAGUUGCUUGGGUUACAAGAGCAGGUAAUUCAGAAUUAGAUGAACAUAUUGCUAUAAGACCAACUUCUGAAACUGUAAUGUAUCCAUAUUAUGCUAAAUGGAUUCGAUCACAUCGUGAUUUACCAUUAAAAUUAAAUCAAUGGAAUUCUGUUGUUAGAUGGGAAUUUAAACAUCCUCAACCAUUUUUAAGAACUAGAGAAUUUUUAUGGCAAGAAGGUCAUACUGUACAUUUAACUAAAGAAGCAGCUGCAGAAGAAGUUUUACAAAUUUUAGAUUUUUAUGCUGGAGUUUAUGAAGAAUUAUUAGCUGUUCCAGUUGUUAAAGGUAAAAAAACUGAAAAUGAAAAAUUUGCAGGUGGUGAUUAUACAACUACUGUUGAAGGUUUUAUAGCAUCUACUGGUAGAGGUAUUCAAGGUGGUACUUCACAUCAUUUAGGUCAAAAUUUCUCAAAAAUGUUUAAUAUAUCUGUUGAAAAUCCAAAUGGAUCAGAUGAACGUAUUUUUGCUUAUCAAAAUUCAUGGGGUUUAUCAACUAGAGUUAUUGGUGUUAUGAUUAUGACUCAUUCAGAUAAUAAAGGAUUAGUAUUACCACCAAGAGUUGCACAAACUCAAGUUGUUGUAAUUCCAGUGGGUGUAACUGCAAAAUCUACACCUGAACAAAGAACUCAAAUUUAUAAAGGAGCAGAAGAUAUUGAAUCGAAAUUGAAAAAAGCAGGUAUAAGAGCUGUUGGAGAUUAUAGAGAUUCAUAUAAUCCAGGUUGGAAAUUUGCAGAUUGGGAAUUAAAAGGUACUCCAUUACGUCUUGAAUUUGGUCCAAAAGAUUUAGAAUCAAAACAAGUAACAGUAGUAAGAAGAAAUGAUAAUAAAAAAUAUAUUGUUAAAUUAGAUAAUCUUGAAACUGAAAUUCCAAAAAUAUUAGAAGAAUUACAAAAUGCAUUAUAUGAAAAAGCUAAAAAAGAUUUUGAUGAUCAUAGAAUUUUAGUAGAAGAUUGGAAAGAUUUUGUUCCAACUUUAAAUAAGAAAAAUGUUAUAUUAGCACCAUGGUGUGGAAAUGGUGAUUGUGAAGAUGAAAUAAAAGAUGCAUCAAGUAAAAAUGAUCAAGGAGAAGAUGGUGAUGUUGAUGAAAAAGCUCCUUCAAUGGGUGCUAAGUCUUUAUGUAUUCCAUUUGAACAACCAGAUUUGAAAGAAGGUCAAAAAUGUGUUAGAUGCGAUAAUAAAGCUGUUACAUAUUGUAUGUUUGGUAGAUCAUAUUAG